AUGGCGCUGACUCCGGCACAGUUACUGGACGAAUUGAUGGGACCCAACAGAAAUGCCCUACCCAAUGAGGCAAAAAGUGAAUUACACUGGUCCGACGAUAAUGUUUGUAAACGAUUUUUAUGUGGAUUUUGCCCUUCUCAGCUGUUUACCAAUACUCGUUCCGAUCUAGGUCCUUGCGAAAAAAUUCACGAUGAAAAUUUACGACAAUUAUAUAAGAAAAGUAAAAGAAAUGGUAAAAUGCAGUAUGAAGAAGACUUUUUGCGCUACUUACAAAGUAUUAUGGCUGACGUAGAGAGGAGAAUCCGUCGUGGUCAUCAGCGUCUAAGUUUGAAUGCUAAAACGAAAGAAAAUAAGGAUAUUAGUCAAGAAGAUGAAGAAAAAGUUAUGGAGAUCAGUCGGGACAUUAAUGCUCUAAUACCUCAGGUAGAAGAACUCGGUUCUGAAGGUCGCGUUGAUGAAGCACAAGCUUUGACAGAACAGAUCGACAAAUUAAAAGAACAACGGGAGCGUAUUCAAGCGGUAGUGAUUUCUAUCAUCAAAGAUCCAAUGUCAAAUCAAGAUAAGCAAAUGGAGGUUUGUGAAACUUGCGGUGCCUUUUUAAUUGUGGGAGAUGCACAGUCUCGUGUUGAUGAUCACCUAAUGGGCAAGCAACAUAUGGGUUAUGCUAAAAUUAAGUUAACCAUUGAAGAAUUAUUGGUAAUUUUUGUGCAUCAUUUCCUUUUUAUGUGUAUGUAUUAUUGGUGA